AUGUCAGAGUCUACAGUACACCGCAUGAAGUAUCUACGUUCCGCUUCCUGCGCACCCCCACCUUCGUUCCCCUUUCUCCCCAUGCUCUUCCCCCCCCGUGUGCUGCCCGCGCACGCCCAACCUCCCCUCCCCUUCAAAUCCCCUCUCACUUUUCCUCUUACCUCUUUCUCCCUCGCCUCUUCUCACUACGCCCUAGAACCUUACCUCACCCACGAGGGUGUCCCCGCGCUCCCCGCGCACAAGCUCACGCGCAACCUGAUGUCGCGCAAGCAGAAGAGCGUCACGCGCAUCUACGGCGGCGCCAUCUGCGGGAAAUGCGUGCGCGAGAGAAUCAUCCGCGCAUUCCUGGUGGAGGAGCAGAAGAUCGUAAAGAAGGUGCUCAAGCUGCAGAAGUCCAAGGAGAAAAUUGCAUCCAAGGUUCCCGCUUAA